AUGACCACACAAGCUGCCGUCGCAAAUUGGCAAACGUUACUGAACAAAAGCCUUGCCUCGAGGCUUGACUUCGAACCUUUCACAGAUUACAUUCGUAUACUAUAUUCGAGGAACCCACUACCAUCUCCAUAUAUAUGCGAGAUCUUUCUACGUCCCCACAAACACAACGAUAUACAUGUCGAUCCACGAGUACUACGUUAUGUACAAAUAUUGCUAGCAGAAGGAUUUAUUGAUUGCGCCGGAAUUCUUCGAGUCUUGUUGAGAUAUUCUUCACUCUGGAGUUUUAUGCAAGAUGGGCACAUGCAUAGCGAAGCCAACAAUGGCGCAGACAAGACCAAAAGAGUGAAGGGAGGAAGCAGGAGGUGGAAAAUGUCAUAUUCUGCCGAAGAGAUGAUGUUGUACCGACUUGCGAAAACAGUCUCCACUGGUAUAAGGCCUAAGAAUGUCCAAGAAGCAGUCUACCUACUGGUGAUAUGUAUUCAAUGGAUGGAAAUGGUCGCUACCAGUAUGGGUAGAGGGACACACGAGAUAUUGAACAUCGACGCUCAUGUGGAGGAGAUUGGAAUGGUCGGUAUGGCUUUGGGAACUUUAAUGGUCGCUGUGGUUGGGAACACGAAGGUUUUAGGGGCCAUACAAAAUGGUCGCUGCCCAAAAGGCAUGUCUGCUUCAUUCUGUCGGACCGGAAUUGACCUCGGAAAAGCUUUGGCUAGGUUUGUUCCUUUGUUACUCCAGAGCUCCCCACAGAAUAUACAACGAUUAGACGUAUUCCGAACACAAACUCUGAUCACGAUUCUACCCGUUGACAAGAAGGAGCGAGCCGCCAAUGCUGAGAUUAACGAGAUUUUGGAUUCCACAAUUGGGAUAAACAUUGACAAUAUCGCGGUCGCUGAUCUACCAACUGUCAACUCUCGGGCGGGUCUAUACAUUUAUUUGAAUUCUAUUCUUGUUGGUAGGCCCCUCAUCGAUGACAGUGCAAUUUUUGCCUAUUUGCACAAUAGAUAUCAGGGAGAUGUCCAAUCAACGACGGUAGAUCUUAUACUUGCAUCGUUUGAUGUAUUGGCCAAUGCAACCUUUCGAAACGAAGGGCCACAAACCACAACCAUACUACGAUCAUUCUUGAUCAACAAAGUUCCCUUACUCGUCUCAACACUCGCAACAUCCUUUUUCCCACCGUUAACAUCUGAAUUUUGCAUCACGGAAGCCUUGAGUCAUGUCGAUACUAAUGCAUUCCCCACACUUUCUACUCUGUUUGCAGAGUCGACUAAUAAUGACAUGUUCUCAGACUCCGUUAGACAGGACUUCUGCUUCGCUUGCUGUUUACAUGGCUUAAUUCCGGAAUCCAGUAUUGAAACCCUGCUAGGUGAUAUACCUAUGCAAAGUUUACCCGCCGGUGGGAGGUAUUCUAAGCAGGAUCUUGUUCAACAAUGUCUUUCUAACUCGGAGCGAGCCGAAGGGUUGAUUUCCGAGUUGGACAAUAUGGACGGAAAUGCUGGCGCUGUUAGUCAGGCAAUUGCAGAGGUUAUAAAACAUAUGUGUGGUAAUAAGGAGACAAUGACCUUGAAGACCUUAUGCAGUCAAUUGGCCCGUAAUCCAUCCUCUUUGGAUAUAAUGCUUCUCUUCAAUAAGCCUACAUCCUUUUUGCAGCCAAUCUGCGAGCUCCUUGAUAAUUGGCGAUAUGAUGAAGACCAGGGAGAAUAUCAACCUGUAUAUGAAGAGUUUGGAUCAAUAUUACUCCUGGUCGUGUCAUUCGCGCAUCGUUAUAACCUUUCAACUGUUGAUUUAGGCAUCAAAAACCCAGCGGAAUCAUUUGUAGCAAAGCUACUUGUUCACGGCCAUCUUAGUCGAGCAUUGGAUCCAUUAUCUCAGCAAGAUCAAAAUCAUUUAGACGGAUGGAUCAGGGGACUGUUUGAGCCAGAAGGUGGCGGGCUUGGUGAUGAGCUGAUGUCAUCUUGCCCGCCACAAGAGUUCUACCUCUUGGUACCUACUCUCUUUCACCAUAUUGUGCUAGCACUUAGCACAGAGACUCUCUCGGAAGAAGGUUUGAAAGGUGGCUUGGAAUUCAUGGUUGAACCAUUUUUGCUGCCUUCUCUGAUUCCGGCCAUCACAUGGCUCUCGGCUCACUUGUGGGAAGCACGCCCUCAGGCAACUUAUGUUCUUCAGAUCCUGUCAGCUUUAAUCAAAAGUCCUCCAUCCAUAUCAAACAACAUGGAAGCAUCUCACCUACUCAACGCGAUCCUCAAGAUCAUAGCCCAAAAUCUUGAACAAAGUCUUCGAUGGCUCCAGCGCGCGGAGCCUCACCGUCAUGACAUCGAUUCAAUUUCGAAAGCACUGGAGUCGAACUUAGGCUGGGAACGAAAAGGUGCUAGUAAAUACAGCGAGUUAGAAGUAUGGACAGCCACACCGGGGGGCGGACUGGCUGCCAGUAUAAAGCACACAAUUGUCACCCUCGUUCAAUGGGGUCUUCAAUGUGACCGCAACCCUGGCAUGCAAAUUAUGCCUGCAUCUUAUACUCAUCGACAGCUUCUUACUGGAUUGAAAAUGCUCGGUGCAAAAAGAUUGCUGAGUACUAUUAUUGAAGAAGUGAAGACACAAACCGAAGCGGGUAAUGGAAGCGUGGUACUGGACAUUGCCAUUUCAUUAAUAUGCGCUCCAGAUUCUGCAAGCUUUGACUCAGGUUCUGGAAUGGAUAUCAUGAGCGGCAAUACACCACAACUACUUCAACGACGACUAACUCUAAGAGAAGCUUUAAAGGCAGAAGUCGAAAACAUGCCGAAAGUCCACAAGACUGAUAAUUUUCACGCGGAGACUGUCAUUAGGUUGUACAGAAGAGUUGAAGCACAGUCAGUCAUACAACAACAAUUACUACCAGAUGAUAAUGGUAUGGGUGCUUUGAAUGAAGUUAUGGGAGAUGCUGGUCUUGGACCAGUUGAUCAACCUAAUCUUGAUAUGCAUGAUAUGGGUGCUGGUAACGAAGAUUUAAUGAUGAUGGGCGGAAGCGGUCAUGGUGGUGACUUACUAGAUGCUUUUGGAGAUGAUGGUCUGGGAGAUGGAAUGGGAUUCUAGAUGUCGUAUUUUGCAUGGUGUUAGGAAAAGGGAAGUGGAAAGGGAUAUUUUUGGAUGUAGAAAAACAAGACAGCAUUGAGCUUUUGCGUCACGCAUGGAUCAUUUCUAGGGAAAACAUCGGAAAGAUAAUAGUAAUUUAUCAGAAGAUUCUAAGAAAUUUUCAAAUACCACAAUACAAAAAUUAAUGAGGAA